CGCUGGUUUUCCUGCUGCUGAGGUUAAAUGACAAGGCUCGAACUGCAGUGCAUUGCGGGGACGGGCAGGAUAAGAAGGUAUAAUAACCGGAUAGGACCGGGGAAGGAAGGAAAGGGACGGUGCCACUUGGAUUCAAAGACAUCGAACCUCGCCUUAAUUUAGAUUCAGAAUGGGGAAUAGAGACGACGAGUAUGAUUACUUGUUUAAAGUGGUGUUGAUAGGAGACUCCGGUGUGGGGAAGAGUAACCUGUUGUCUCGUUUCACCCGGAAUGAGUUUAACCUGGAGAGUAAGAGCACCAUCGGGGUGGAGUUUGCCACUCGCAGUAUCCAGGUGGAUGGGAAGACCGUGAAGGCUCAGAUCUGGGACACAGCUGGCCAGGAGAGAUACCGGGCUAUUACAUCAGCGUAUUACCGUGGGGCAGUGGGGGCCUUGUUGGUCUAUGACAUCGCCAAGCACCUGACCUAUGAGAACGUGGAGCGUUGGCUGAAGGAGCUGAGAGACCAUGCAGACAGCAACAUCGUUAUUAUGCUGGUCGGCAACAAGAGUGACCUGCGCCACCUCAGGGCCGUGCCCACCGACGAGGCACGGACAUUCGCAGAGAAGAACGGUUUGUCUUUCCUGGAGACCUCAGCCCUGGAUUCUACUAACGUGGAGACUUCCUUCCAGACCAUUCUGACUGAAAUCUAUCGCAUCGUGUCUCAGAAACAGAUGUCGGACCGACGAGACAACGACAUGUCGCCUAGCAACAACGUGGUCAACAUCCAGGUGCAGCCGACGGAGAACAAACCAAAGAUGCAGUGUUGUCAGAGCAUCUAACAGCCUCACCAGUAGCACCUGAUCCCCCCCCCUCCCCUAAAAGACUGCUUGGUCCUGUCUGACUGAGACACAGCUGCAUGGCCAGGCUCUAGACUGAGACACAGCUGCGUGGCCAGGUUCUAGACUGAGACACAGCUGCGUGGCCAGGUUCUAGACUGAGACACAGCUGCGUGGCCAGGUUCUAGACUGAGACACAGCUGCAUGGCCAGGUUCUAGACUGAGACACAGCUGCGUGGCCAGGUUCUAGACUGAGACACAGCUGCAUGGCCAGGUUCUAGACUGAGACACAGCUGCGUGGCCAGGUUCUAGACUGAGACACAGCUGCAUGGCCAGGCUCUAGAGACUCUAUGCUUCCAUGUAGAGGGUGAGGCUGUGUCCAGAUUCUCCACACUCCAUGUCAUGGAUUUAAAGGCAUUAGAUUGUAAUCAUUGGCUGAAGGGAGUUUAUUUUCACCAUUGUUAAAUGUAUGAUGGGAAGUGUUCAAGUGAACACUGAGAAAAGGGUGGAUAAUUAGGGUGCAGCUGUGAGCCCGCUGGUUCCUUACGGAUCCCCAGUCAGGACUAUACAGCUGUGUCUGAGCCCGUUGGUUCCUUACGGAUCCCCAGUCAGGACUAUACAGCUGUGUCUGAGCCCGUUGGUUCCUUAAGGAUCCCCAGUCAGGACUAUACAGCUAUGUCUGAGCCCGUUGGUUCUAUACAGCUGUGUCUGAGCCCGUUGGUUCCUUACGGAUCCCCAGUCAGGACUAUACAGCUGUGUCUGAGCCCGUUGGUUCCUUAAGGAUCCCCAGUCAGGACUAUACAGCUAUGUCUGAGCCCGUUGGUUCUAUACAGCUGUGUCUGAGCCCGUUGGUUCUAUACAGCUGUGUCUGAUCCCGUUGGUUCUAUACAGCUGUGUCUGAGCCCGUUGGUUCCUUCAGGAACCCCAGUCAGGACUAUACAGCUGUCUGAUCCCGUUGGUUCCUUAAGGACCCCCAGUCAACACUAUACAGCUGUGUCUGAUCCCGUUGGUUCUAUACAGCUGUGUCUGAUCCUGUUGGUUCCUUAAGGAUACCCAGUCAGGACUAUACAGCUGUCUGAUCCCGUUGGUUCCUUAAGGAUCCCCAGUCAGGACUACACAGCUGUGUCUGAUCCCGUUGGUUCCUUAAGGAUCCCCAGUCAGGACUACACAGCUGUGUCUGAUCCCGUUGGUUCCUUAAGGAUCCCCAGUCAGGACUACACAGCUGUCUGAGCCCGUUGGUUCCUUACGGAUCCCCAGUCAGGACUAUACAGCUGUCUGAGCCCGUUGGUUCCUUACGGAUCCCCAGUCAGGACUAUACAGCUGUGUCUGAUCCCGUUGGUUCUAUACAGCUGUGUCUGAUCCCGUUGGUUCUAUACAGCUGUGUCUGAUCCCGUUGGUUCUAUACAGCUGUGUCUGAUCCCGUUGGUUCUAUACAGCUGUGUCUGAGCCCGUUGGUUCUAUACAGCUGUGUCUGAGCCCGUUGGUUCUAUACAGCUGUGUCUGAUCCCGUUGGUUCUAUACAGCUGUGUCUGAUCCCGUUGGUUCUAUACAGCUGUGUCUGAUCCCGUUGGUUCCUUACAGAUCCCCAGUCAGGACUAUACAGCUGUGUCUGAACCCGUUGGUUCCUUAAGGACCCCCAGUCAGGACUAUACAGCUGUGUCUGAGCCCGUUGGUUCUAUACAGCUGUGUCUGAGCCCGUUGGUUCCUUACGGAUCCCCAGUCAGGACUACACAGCUGUGUCUGAUCCCGUUGGUUCUAUACAGCUGUGUCUGAGCCCGUUGGUUCUAUACAGCUGUGUCUGAGCCCGUUGGUUCCUUAAGGACCCCCAGUCAGGACUAUACAGCUGUCUGAGCCCGUUGGUUCCUUAAGGAUCCCCAGUCAGGACUAUACAGCUGUGUCUGAGCCCGUUGGUUCCUUACGGAUCCCCAGUCAGGACUAUACAGCUGUAUCUGAUCCCGUUGGUUCUAUACAGCUGUGUCUGAUCCCGUUGGUUCUAUACAGCUGUGUCUGAUCCCGUUGGUUCCUUACGGAUCCCCAGUCAGGACUAUACAGCUGUCUGAGCCCGUUGGUUCCUUAAGGAUCCCCAGUCAGGACUAUACAGCUGUGUCUGAUCCCGUUGGUUCCUUAAGGAUCCCCAGUCAGGACUAUACAGCUGUGUCUGAGCCCGUUGGUUCCUUAAGGAUCCCCAGUCAGGACUAUACAGCUGUAUCUGAUCCCGUUGGUUCCUUAAGGAUCCCCAGUCAGGACUAUACAGCUGUGUCUGAGCCCGUUGGUUCCUUAAGGAUCCCCAGUCAGGACUAUACAGCUGUAUCUGAUCCCGUUGGUUCUAUACAGCUGUGUCUGAUCCCGUUGGUUCUAUACAGCUGUGUCUGAUCCCGUUGGUUCCUUACGGAUCACCAGUCAGGACAAUACAGCUGUCUGAGCCCGUUGGUUCCUUAAGGAUCCCCAGUCAGGACUAUACAGCUGUGUCUGAUCCCGUUGGUUCCUUACGGAUCCCCAGUCAGGACUAUACAGCUGUCUGAGCCCGUUGGUUCCUUAAGGAUCCCCAGUCAGGACUAUACAGCUGUGUCUGAUCCCGUUGGUUCCUUAAGGAUCCCCAGUCAGGACUAUACAGCUGUGUCUGAGCCCGUUAGUUCCUUAAGGACCCCCAGUCAGGACUAUACAGCUAUGUCUGAUCCCGUUGGUUCCUUAAGGACCCCCAGUCAGGACUAUACAGCUGUCUGAUCCCGUUGGUUCUAUACAGCUGUGUCUGAUCCCGUUGGUUCUAUACAGCUGUGUCUGAGCCCGUUGGUUCUAUACAGCUGUGUCUGAGCCCGUUGGUUCCUUACGGACCCCCAGUCAGGACUAUACAGCUAUGUCUGAUCCCGUUGGUUCCUUAAGGACCCCCAGUCAGGACUAUACAGCUGUCUGAUCCCGUUGGUUCUAUACAGCUGUGUCUGAUCCCGUUGGUUCUAUACAGCUGUGUCUGAGCCCGUUGGUUCCUUACGGAUCCACAGCUUUUUAUUUUUGCAGUCUUUUAUAUUAUUAUAUAGCUGUUUUAAUAACCAGACAGACGCUGGAAGAAUCUGCACAGAAAUGUAUUCAUAUAUGAUGGACUAGUUUUAUUGGUGAUAACGCAGACCUGCCAACAUGCAUUGUACCUACCAUAGGCUUCUAUUUGGCACAUUGUGGUUUUUGACUCAACCGGCUGAAGUUGGAGCUGAGCCAAUCAGAGGAAUUGGCUGAGGAGAAAACAUCUCCAGCUCUCCUCCCCCCUGUGUUCAUAGUAAUGUUUUCCUCACUCCAUCUUGAUAGCAGCUCUUCACUUUGUCUGUCCAUACCACUGAUGUGUGAGGGGGAAAAUGGAGAACCAACUGUUUGGCAAAUACAUUUUCCAUAAUUGUAAGUGUUAGUCAAGCACAUAACCACUAUUUAGCAGUUAGCUCCUUAGCUAAGGCGUCAUUACGACUAAGGUAGUUAACUACAGUGUUUAGUCAACUAAGCGAGAACAAUUUCUCUGCAAUGGUAGUAGGCACAAGCACAUUGACGAGCAACAUGUGCUGUGUUGCAGUAGUUCAAUGUUACUGAGUGUUAUGCUAGUUCAGUGCUGCGCUAGUUCAGCGCUACGCUACUUCAGCGCUGCGCUACUUCAGCGCUACGCUACUUCAGCGCUGCGCUAGUUCAGCACUGCGCUACUUCAGCGCUGCGCUAGUUCAGCGCUACGCUACUUCAGCGCUGCGCUAGUUCAGCGCUACGCUACUUCAGCGCUGCGCUAGUUCAGCGCUGCGCUAGUUCAGCGCUGCGCUACUUCAGUGCGCGUCACUGUGAGGAUGGAAACAGACAUGGCAGAGAGCUGUUCUGCUAAUACCGUCCUUCAUUGAAAGUUAUGUUAAAGUGUUAAAGAUUAGCAGGCCUAUGUUAUUGAAUCAUUUGUGGAUCUGUCCUCUUCAAAUACCUGGUGGAUGAGAUCAGGGUCGGUGGAUGAGGUCAGGGUCGGUGGAUGAGGUCAGGGCCGGUGGAUGAGGUCAGGGCCGGUGGAUGAGGUCAGGGCCGGUGGAUGAGGUCAGGGAUAGAGAUCUGGAACCAGCUCCUAUAGGCCUAGCUCAAUUUGUCGUCAUAUUCCAUAUAUCCUACAGUCAACUAGACUACUACAUUGCAUCCAUUAAUUUAAUUAUUUAGAAUUUUCUCCUCAAACAAAUUUAAGAAGAAGCUAGUUUGCAUUUUCACUAGACGAUCCACCUUCAUUACCCCUCAAUUUAACCUAGAAAAAAAAACACCUCAAUUUAAUUAUCAAACACAAUACUUCUGUGUUUACUACAAUAUUUGAUUUCAUUUCUAGCUCUAGCCUGAGGGGAAAGUCGACUGACCCAAUCUGGGCCUUCCCCUACACAACCUUAGUCCUACAUCCGCACCACCUUGGCAGAAAAUCCCAGGGAGAGCCCUGAUUGUACAUCUGACCGUAUUUCUAGUUAGCUACUGAAGACCAGCCAAUUACCAAGUACCCAUAACAAUCUAUAGACUACCAUGCCUACUGAGGCAGUCUUCUACCAACAUCAUUUGGAUAAAAAAGGUGCCUAUGACUUGAGCAGUGUGGGUGUCCGUUGUGCUGAAUUAUUCAAGGAUAAUGUGAGGAUUGUUUUUGUUCAUUUGAAAAUGAACCCGGUUAAAGGAGUGCACUGUGAAGGGAAUAGGGGGCCAUGUGGGACUCAGGCAGUGGGGAGCCUGGUGAUGCUACUGUAUAGAUGAUGGCUUCUCUCUUGUAGUAAUGCUAAUGAUAGGCCAGGGAUCAGUGGUAGUAAUGCUGUAAUGCUAAUGAUAGGCUAGGGAUCAGUGGUAGUAAUGCUGUAAUGCUAAUGAUAGGCUAGGGAUCAGUGGUAGUAAUGCUGUAAUGCUAAUGAUAGGCUAGGGAUCAGUGGUAGUAAUGCUAAUGAUAGGCUAGGGAUCAGUGGUAGUAAUGCUGUAAUGCUAAUGAUAGGCCAGGGAUCAGUGGUAGUAAUGCUAAUGAUAGGCUAGGGAUCAGUGGUAGUAAUGCUGUAAUGCUAAUGAUAGGCUAGGGAUCAGUGGUAGUAAUGCUGUAAUGCUAAUGAUAGGCCAGGGAUCAGUGGUAGUAAUGCUAUAAUGCUAAUGAUAGGCUAGGGAUCAGUGGUAGUAAUGCUGUAAUGCUAAUGAUAGGCCAGGGAUCAGUGGUAGUAAUGCUAUAAUGCUAAUGAUAGGCUAGGGAUCAGUGGUAGUAAUGCUGUAAUGCUAAUGAUGGGCUAGGGAUCAGUGGUAGUAAUGCUAAUGAUGAUAGGCUAGGGAUCAGUGGUAGUAAUGCUAAUGAUAGGCUAGGGAUCAGUGGUAGUAAUGCUAAUGAUAGGCUAGGGAUCAGUGGUAGUAAUGCUGUAAUGCUAAUGAUAGGCUAGGGAUCAGUGGUAGUAAUGCUAUAAUGCUAAUGAUAGGCCAGGGAUCAGUGGUAGUAAUGCUAUAAUGCUAAUGAUAGGCUAGGGAUCAGUGGUAGUAAUGCUAAUGAUGAUAGGCUAGGGAUCAGUGGUAGUAAUGAUAUAAUGCUAAUGAUAGGCUAGGGAUCAGUGGUAGUAAUGCUAUAAUGCUAAUGAUAGGCCAGGGAUCAGUGGUAGUAAUGCUAUAAUGCUAAUGAUAGGCUAGGGAUCAGUGGUAGUAAUGCUGUAAUGCUAAUGAUAGGCCAGGGAUCAGUGGUAGUAAUGCUAAUGAUAGGCUAUGGAUCAGUGGUAGUAAUGCUAUAAUGCUAAUGAUAGGCCAGGGAUCAGUGGUAGUAAUGCUGUAAUGCUAAUGAUAGGCUAGGGAUCAGUGGUAGUAAUGCUGUAAUGCUAAUGAUAGGCCAGGGAUCAGUGGUAGUAAUGCUGUAAUGCUAAUGAUAGGCCAGGGAUCAGUGGUAGUAAUGCUGUAAUGCUAAUGAUAGGCUAGGGAUCAGUGGUAGUAAUGCUGUAAUGCUAAUGAUAGGCCAGGGAUCAGUGGUAGUAAUGCUGUAAUGCUAAUGAUAGGCCAGGGAUCAGUGGUAGUAAUGCUAUAAUGCUAAUGAUAGGCCAGGGAUCAGUGAUCCUUCUGAGCUUCCUGCCUUCAGGUCGUCUAUUUAUUCACAAUUGAAGGGGUUGCAAAAUGUCCCUACAUUUUCCAGGUUUUUCAGAAAUCCCUGGGAGCCAGGUGGAGCUUGUUGUCAUGGUGAAGGAUGGUAGCAUAAAGUCUAGUGAUGCCACUGCUCAUGAGUCAGGAUUCCCAGCUCUGUUUGUGUGGGUCUUGCCAACUCUGUCAUUAUCAUAAGACGGGGUUAUUACCCUACGAGGUCCGGACUACUGCUGUUUUUCUGUUCUACCUGUUUGGCGGAAUGAAUACACCCUUGGUGUCCCAGGUCGAAAUGAGUCCCUAACUAGAGGGGAAGAAUGAUACAUAGCAGUUCAACUGGCUUUGAGGUCCAGAUUUCAAUUUGAGGGACAUGGGCGUUAUGACAAGAUGGCACAAACAGAUCUGGGAUUCAGGCUAACCAUGGUUUACCUUGGUGUCAAUGGGAACAAGUAAUAUCUGGGAUUCAGGCUAACCAUGGUUUACCUUGGUGUCAAUGGGAACAAGUAAUAUCUGGGAUUCAGGCUAACCAUGGUUUACCCUGGUGUCAAUGGGAACAAGUAAUAUCUGGGAUUCAGGCUAACCAUGGUUUACCUUGGUGUCAAUGGGAACAAGUAAUAUCUGGGAUUCAGGCUAACCAUGGUUUACCUUGGUGUCAAUGGGAACAAGUAAUAUCUGGGAUUCAGGCUAACCAUGGUUUACCUUGGUGUCAAUGGGAACAAGUAAUCGCACAUACAUAACCACUAUCUGGAGAGACCAGACUACAGCUAGACUGCCUAACAGACUGUCUUAUAAGACUGAUUCAUUCAUACAUUUCUGCUUUUGUUUUGUUCUUAAACAUGCUCUGUGCCAGGAUUAGGAUCCAUUCCAGUCAAUUCAGGAAUUACACUGACAUUCCAAUUAUCUUCAACGAGGAACAUUUGGAAUUGGAAUUUGGUUUUACUUUCUGAAUUAAAAUGGAAAUGGCCCAACGCUGAUGGUAACCCUGAGACAUGGCUGUAGGCUCCUUUUAUGUUGCAAGUUGUGAGUGAGUAGUGUUUCAGUGCCUUUAUGGUAGAAUGUCAUGUUGGUUGGGAGUUUUCAGAAACCACCUCCCCUUCUCUUCAAGCCUGGCCGGCUCACCUAGCUCUCUGGAUUAGUGGACCCAAGGAUCUAAACAGGGUCCUUGGGACGUCCAACUCUGUCAGCCCUUUGAAGGGGACAUUCCAAACAGUUAAGGAUUAGGGUUAAUUGUUAGUGGACGGGACUGGUUCCUGGCCUUAGAAGUUGAUCAGGCUGGUUGGCAGGUUCCCUCCAAGUGACUCAACACACCACCGUCUGCAGACUUAGAUAAGAGGGAGCCACUGUCUAUUUACUUAAUAAAGCCUAGUAUCCCACUUCACAUAAAGUGUGUCUCAUUGAGCUUAAAACACACCCCCUAUCAAAUUGAGAGCACUACAAAUAAGUCUCUGCUACUUCCAUGUAUUAAAAGGGAUUCUUCUGGAUGUUGGCAACAAGACCCUUUAUCUACUGACCUCUCAGAGUCAGAUGAAGCCCUUUAUCUACUGACCUCUCAGAGUCAGAUGAAGCCCUUUAACUACUGACCCAGAGUCAGAUGAGGCCCUUUAACUACUGACCCAGAGUCAGGUGAGGCCCUUUAUCUACUGACCCAGAGUCAGAUGAAGCCUUUUAUCUACUAACCCAGAGUCAGAUGAGGCCCUUUAACUACUGACCCAGAGUCAGGUGAGGCCCUUUAUCUACUGACCCAGAGUCAGAUGAAGCCCUUUAUCUACUGACCCAGAGUCAGAUGAAGCCUUUUAUCUACUAACCCAGAGUCAGAUGAGGCCCUUUAUGUACUGACCCAGAGAUGAACUCGUGGAUAAACAUUUUAUGUCUCUGUGUCCAGUAUGACGGAAGUUAGCCAAUGCGAAGUCGCGUUAGUGCAAUGACUGGAAGUCCACAGGAACAACUAGCAUGCUAGCCCUGCUGAACACAGCCCUGCUUUAGGUUGUAGUCCCUGGGUGCAUCCCAAAUGGCACCCUAUUCCUUAUAUGGAGCACUACUUUGGACCUGGGCCCGUAGGGGAAUAGAGUGACCCUGGGCCCAUAGUAGUGCACUAUAUAGAGAAAGGAUGACCCAGUCUGUGUCUGUCAGGCUUGCAGUGCCAAUGAGGAGGUUACAGAGGUCAUCAUCUCCAAUUAGCCUUGUCUGCUCUGUCUGUAUCCCCUUACUAUUACUGUUAUGUAAUUAGUUACGUCAACGAUCACUUUAUGCCUCGGCUCCACUGUUUUAUUUUUCAUUCGCGCUGUACUGUGAUUUGUAUUUUUUUAAUAAUUAAACUGUUAUCUCUGUCCACUACUUACAAUUGAAAAGUGCAAAUAAAUACAAUUAACUAUUACAACUGA